UCCGGUGUACUAGAGUGAUGUGGGUGGUUUAGAAAAACAUUCAUGCUGUUCGUUGUUUUAUCAUAAACAAUUUGUGGUUUGUAUUGCCAAUAAUAGUGAGAUUAUUGGAAUUUUAAGUGUUAGUUGUUAUUUAUAUUGUGGUUUGUUGGAAGAUAACAAUUCAAAUGCCGAUGCUGACUCACAUAAUGAGUCCAUCUGACAUGGAUUGCUAUGCAGAUGGAGAUAACACCGAUAUUAGCACAUCGUCAUCACCGAACGGAGGGAAAUCCUGUCACAAUCAAGAUCAAGACUCGUUGUCUGACGAUGACGAUUUUUCAGACGAAUUUUCAAUCAUCGACAGCGACGAUGAGAAAAAAAUGGAAGGAAGACAUCAACAUACUCAAAUGAUUCAGCUUUCUAUGGAAGUUCCAAAUACGAAAGGAGUAGUUAAGAAAAUUUUUACUAACAGUAGAGAGAGAUGGAGGCAGCAAAAUGUAAGUGGUGCUUUCGCUGAGUUGAGAAAAUUGGUACCGACGCAUCCGCCAGAUAAAAAGUUGUCGAAAAAUGAAAUUCUUAGAAUGGCUAUAAGAUAUAUACGUCUCUUGUCCAACGUCCUAGAAUGGCAACAAACCAAUACGAACUCCAUCCAAAUUUGUGUGAAAAACGAGGAUACGGUCACCAUAACCGGUCAUCCAGGGAUGAUAUCAGGCCUACACACCCUCCGCACUCGAGCCAGGUUGCGGCGCAACAACCACUUGACCAAUAAUCACAGCAACCAUCAGCAACUUCCUAUUUGCGACCGAAAUGGGAACAACUUGUUGAUGAUAGCACCGAACAAUCAUCUACCGCAUCGCAGGUGUUUCGUCAGCGACCGGUACGGAAGAAUCAAAAUCGAGAACAAAGAUAAGGAUGAUGACGAGUUAAAGGAAAAUAAGAUUAGAGAGGAUAAUUAG